CUUCUGAAGAUUAUGGAGUGUCAGAGAAGGUGGAUAUGGUUCUCCUCAGCCUGGCUUCUCAUUCUGGGGGUAUUUGCUUUGAGAGAGACCCAGGCAGCACACCACAGGCAUGUGGGUCAGUUCACUUCAGUGGGCACAAGAAAUGCUCUCUUGGAACUAACUGGAAUUAGCUUCAUGGAUGAUGUUGAAGUGGGAUCCUAUAACAAAGUACGUCGGCAAAUUAUUAUCAAGAUACCCUGGAUCUCUGAAGUUCUGGGAGUCAAUUACAUUACCCAGAGGCAUAAUUUGUUGUUGGAUCAUGAGAAACAUUUCACCUGGAUAAUGGAGUACUUCGCAAAGAAUGACACUAACCAUAACAGAAACCACAUGGGACAGCUGCUUGCAGACUGUGAAAUUGACAGUAACAUCAAGGUCAAGAGCCACAUCCAUAUAAUUGGGGAUGGAGAGGAAAUUUACAGGAUAGAUGAAGAAGUUGGGCACUGGAAAUACUUAAAGCCUGAAUUCAAGAAAUACCAGCACAUUUUGGAGAGUCUCUUCUGGACUGAUUUAAGGAAACACUACACGAAUCAAUAUUGUGUUGACUUGAUGAGGAAAAUCGUUGGGUACAAAAAUGUAAGAGAUGACGUGCCCCCUGAGGUGACCGUGUCUCGCCGUGUCAACCGAGAAGGCAACAUCAUUCUCUCCUGCACAGCCACAGGCUUCUACCCUCGCUCCAUUCUGCUACGUUGGGAGAAGAAUGGGAAGCUGGGUAUUUGGGGAAAGGAAACUUCCAGUGGCACCCUGCCCAAUGCAGAUUCCACCUUCUACCUCCAAGUUACCUUAGAGCUCCCACCAGAAGACUCAGGGAUGGGUUAUACCUGUGUGGUGGAACACAGUGAGUUGAAGACCCCUGCUGUGUAUCCAGUCCCUGAAAAGCCCACAAUGGAGAAGCAUUGGGUCCUGGCACUGGGCAUUGUGUUGGUUGUCAUUCUACUGCUGAGCUAUGCUCGGAUCUUCAUAGCAUGGAGGAGGAAAAGAGGUAUGCAUGUAAUGAGAAAGAGGUGA